AUGACGGAACAACAACCCCUCCUCUCCCCUCUUCCUCUACCAGUACCGGUAGUCUCCCAGCAACCAGUAGAUGAAGAGGCUACUAGUACCCACACGAACGGUCCAACGAUCAUUUCCAGCUCUCGUCGCGUCCGAUUUGAGCCGGCGUUUUCUUCCGAACAGCAACAACAACAACACACCAAUAAUAAUAAUCAGCGCAAGAGUUUGUUGUUGUUUCCCGUGGACUUGACCAAAUCCAGCGAUGCUUUUCGUUUUGGUGUUCGAGUGGCCAUCUUGGUGGGGUUUUCGUCUCUGUUUGCCACCAACAGUAUUCCAAUACUGGGACAAGAAGGGAUCCAUAUUGAGUGGCCACAGGGUAUGUGGGUGACCGUUUCGUCCCUGAUGGUGUGUUGGUUCCCCAAGUUGGAUGCUGCCAGUGUUGUACAAAAGAGUCUUCAACGCUUGGGCGGUACCUUACUGGGAGGAUUCUUGGCGUUGAUUUGUGGAAUCAUGUCUCGAUGGAUUCUCCCCAAAUACGUCUACCGAAGAGCCAUCUUUUUGCAUCUAUCCUACGCUCUCAUCUGUUUUGGGGUAACCUAUCUCAGUAUGCGAAUUCGACUGGACCGAACUUCCAGUAUUAUGAACAAAUACAACUAUGGGACGGUCCUCUGUCUCCUUACAUUUACCAUUACCUUGUUUCCCUUCUUGAAACAGGAAGAUCCUUGGAAAAAGGCCGUUUGGAGAAUCAUCAAUGUCGCAAUGGGAGUUUUCAUUGCUGCCGUGGGUUCCAUGCUGAUAUUGCCUCGGUCCACCACGGAUAUGCUGCUGCAGCGCAUCCAGAAGCAAUGCCAAUUGGCAGGAGAAAGCAGUGAGGCGGUGUUGCAUGCUGCCGCCGAUGUUUUGUGCAAAGAAUCCAUUGCUGACGUUCCCAAAACGGAGCUGACUACAACGACACCUGUCGUCGUUUCCAGGAUGGAUUCUCAAGCCAGCGAACAGUCUACCGAAAGCUGGCUCGGUAUCCACAUGUGGGAUAGUAUACGCGUCUCGGUACUCCGGACUAGCUUUUCUCGGGUUCAUCGAGAUAUACUCUUGCACGAUCCCACAACGACUACGUUGGAUGUGGUGCUGGAAAAGUACGAAUCUGCCAUUCAGGAUUGGAAGGAUACCAAAAGCUUGUUCUCCUUGUUUUGGUUCGAUCCAUUUCAUUAUCUCGUGCCAAUGUCUCCUCAGUUUCACGAAGGAUGUGCCACCAUCUUGUCCAGAGCCUUGCGCGUUCAAACCACAGUCGUCUUGCUGGAUGGAAUUGUCCGCAAUGAUCCACAGCAUCUGUCUUGCCUGGAUACCGAUCUGCAUGCCUUGCUCACGGAGAUGGGUACGUUGCUUCGUAAAAUGCUGGUGGUACCACGACAACAACACGCCACGAGAGACAGCCCUUCUACCAUGACCAUGUCGACCAGUGGCAUCCUCCAUUCCAACAACAAUGACAUGAUGAGUGGUAGUGACGACAAUGCCAGCAUCAUGACGACGACCUCCACGGCCAAUGAUUUUUUCAAAGAAAAAUUGCUGGACAGACUCGGUAGCUUUCGCCAUUCGGUCAAUCAAAUGGCAACCAAGAUGCAAGGAGAGAGCAAGACAAAGCCCGGAAGUCGUCACUAUGCUCUCAUGUUUCUACAACUGGUGGAGCAUCUGACACAUCGAUCUAUUUCACUAUACGAAAGUUGGGUGGUAAUGGAGGAGCUACUGGACAAUCAAACGCCGUAA